CCGGACUGUACUGAGAAUUAGAACCAAAAUGCCGCGUAACUUCCAAUUCGUCACCGUCUCUAACCCAACAGAGCCUGUCCCCUCUCAUGUUAGGAGCUUAACUCACUCCCAUGCGGUUCGGCAAAGACAUGCCAAGGAGAGAAGACUACGAAUGCAGAAACACCAGAAAGACAUGUCCAGAAAUGCGGAGAGUAGUUCUCUGAACAAGGUCCUUGGCUAUGGCCGUGAUCCAUUUGACGCCCUUCCGAAACAACUCUUGUCUCAUGAGAACUUUCUUCUCGACCAUUAUGUCCGUGUCGUCGUUCCACACAACGUCAAGACAUGCCGUCUAUUUAACCAGAUGAACGACCAUGAAGCACAAGUAAUGCGCGAUUGGGUCGGUCUCGCCAUUACAGACAGCGAUCUUCUAUGCUCCGUAAUUCUCCUCGGCGCAUGCCGUCACAUCCUUAACAGCAAUCCCAAGUCUGGUUUGACUCAGGUCGCAUUACAGUACAAAUACAACGGUCUCAAGGCACUGCGCCAUGCCGUUAGUGGCGCUUCACCGACUGUUAGUGCGUUGACUAUUGCAAAAGCUUGUGCUAUGGCUUUGGAUGAGGUUAACUUUGGUGAGGCUACUGUUGCGAGACAGCAUAUUCAGGGUGUGUUUGCGAUGAUAGAAGCUGCGGGGGGUUCUGAGUGUCUUGAUGGGACGGGACUGCUGAAGCGUAUGUAUCUUAGAUUUCUCGAAAUGCGGGAAGGUCCAGGGCUACAGUUACCAAAGGGUAUUGCUUACUCCAGCCACUGCUGGUAA